AUGGCUUCCUCGGCCGCCGCCGCUCGCCGCCUUCUCCUCCUCCGCCACCGCCAUGGCCAUCUUCUCCCCAAACGCCACUUCUCUUCCUCUUCCGCUGCCGACGGCCUCGACGACGGCGGUGGCGGCGGCCGCGUCAAGAUCUUCGACCGCGACCUGAAGCGCCGGCACCGGGACCGCGCGGCGUGGGCGAUGCGUGAGACCGACGGGCUCGUGGAUGCCGUCGCCGAAAACCUCCUCGACCGCCUCGAGGACUGCAGGAAAGCCUUCCCCUCCGCGCUCUGCCUCGGGGGCUCCGCCGGUGCCGUCCGCCGCUUGCUCCGCGGCCGCGGUGGAAUUGAGAGGCUGAUCAUGAUGGACAUGUCAGCCGACAUGGUGAAGAAGUGGCGAGAGUCAGAGAAUUCCAGUGGUGACGAACCUGAGACGCACUUUGUUGUCGGCGAUGAGGAGUUCCUUCCAAUCAAAGAGAGUUCACAGGAUUUGAUAAUAAGCUGUCUUGGACUUCAUUGGACAAAUGAUCUACCUGGAGCAAUGAUACAGUGUAGGCUGGCAUUGCAACCUGAUGGCCUUUUUCUGGCAGCAAUUCUUGGUGGAGAAACACUGAAGUCCGUGGCAGGAAACCUUUUGACAAGGGCAGGUUUCACUCUUCCAGGAGUUGAUGUUGAUCAGUAUACCGUUAAAUACAAUAAUGCUUUUGAACUUGUUGAACAUCUUAGAGCAAUGGGGGAAACAAAUGCUCUCUUUCAAAGAAAUCCUGUGUUGAAAAGGGAUACAGCCUUGGCAACUGCAGCAAUUUACCAGUCAAUGUUUGGGUUAGAAGACGGAUCUAUUCCAGCAACCUUUCAAGUAAUUUACAUGACUGGCUGGAGGGAGCAUCCAUCACAGCAAAAGGCUAAGAGAAGGGGUUCUGCGGCCAUAUCAUUCAGUGAUAUACAGAAACAAUUUGGUCCCAGUGAGAACUGA